UCUGACAUCAUCACACUCACUCGAUCAUCCACUAUCCUUCCCUUCCCAGCCAGCAGCUAGCAUAGCAAUCAGUCUCCCCUUCUUGAUUUCAUCCUCCCCGACAUCUCCGGUAGCUGCCCAUCCUCCCGAGUCCUCAAUCGCUACUACAGAAGAAAUGGAGAAUAAUCUACCAGUCAAUAUUCGUGAGUAUCAAGAACUCGCCAAGAAAGCACUGCCAAAGAUGCACUAUGAUUAUAUCAAUGGAGGAGCGGAGGAUGAACACACAUUGAGGGACAACAUUGCAGCAUAUGGAAGAAUUUUGUUGCGACCUCGGGUUCUUGUAGAUGUCAGCAACAUAGACAUGUCAAUAAACUUAUUGGGAUAUGACAUGCCCUCGCCCAUAAUUGUUGCACCAACGGGAUCACACAAAUUGGCAAAUCCAGAAGGGGAGGUGGCUACAGCAAGAGCUGCAGCAGCAUGUAAUACCUUAAUGGUGCUAUCCUUCUCAGCCAGUUGCAAAAUCGAAGAAGUUGCCUCCAGUUGUAAUGCCAUUCGUUUUUACCAGUUAUAUGUGUUUAAGAACAGAGAUAUUUCAGCAACAUUGGUACAACGGGCUGAGAGUCAUGGGUUCAAGGCAAUUGUUUUGACAGUUGACACUCCUAUGCUCGGUCGACGUGAAGCAGAUAUCAGAAAUAAAAUGGUUGCUCCUGCGAAUGCAAACCUCGAAGGUUUGAUGCCAAUAGAUGAUCUCGAUACGACGGACGGGUCGAAGCUUGAGAAGUACGCGCGCGACACGCUGGACCCGUCUUUAUCAUGGAAGGACGUGGAGUGGCUGAAAUCCAUAACCAGCCUGCCCAUUCUACUGAAGGGCAUCGUGACCGCCGAGGACGCCAGGAAAGCAGUGGAGGCCGGGGCAGCCGGCAUCAUCGUGUCCAACCACGGCGCUCGGCAGCUCGACUACGCGCCGGCCACCAUAUCCGCCCUCGAAGAGGUAGUGAAGGCGGUGGCGGGGGCGGUCCCGGUGCUGGUGGACGGCGGAGUCCGGCGGGGGACCGACGUGCUCAAGGCGCUGGCGCUGGGGGCACGGGCAGUCAUGGUGGGGAGGCCGGUGCUGUACGGGCUGGCGGCGAGGGGCCAGGCGGGGGCGAAGCACGUGAUCGAGAUGCUCAACAGGGAGCUGGAGCUGGCCAUGGCGCUCUGCGGCUGCCGGAGCGUCGCCGAGAUCACCCGGGACCGCGUGCAGACCGAGGGCGACCGGUUCAGGUCGCUGCUCUGAUGAGCGACGCGCGCGGCAUUCGCAGCACACUGCAUACUGUGAAGGACACGCUGCAUGUGCCAACGCCGGCAUCGAUCAUUCGAGAUGCUGGUAGUAAACUAGCUAAGGAUCUGUAAAAUGGGAAAUUGGAUUUUGAUGCUUUGUGCAGCCCUGAGAACAAACUUGCAUUGUUUUGCUGAGAGAAGGAUUUUAUCCAAACACCCAGCAUAUAUAAGUUGGAUUUUAUCCAAUUUUUCUUUUGAGAGUUCGUA